AUGGGCGAGGCCAAGGAGCAGCCCCCAGGAGGCGACCGCCGAGCGCCGACCCUGCCGCACCUCCCGCUGUUGCUGCUGCUGCUGCUGCUGGAGGAGAGGGGAGGCUCGUCGGGACGGUCCGCCGAGCAACUAGAGCUUCGCGCGUUCGGCUCCCAGGGAAGCGGGGGCGAGGAGCGUCCGCGAAGGCGGGCAGCGGGCAGGUGCUCCCGCAGGCUCGCGGGCCGGGCCGGGCCGGGCCGUUCUUUCCCGAGCCGGGUUUCCCGGGCGCAGCUUCGGAAAGGGCGCGGGGAGGGCGACGGAGAGUCCGGGGCCCCAGAUGGGCGGACGGACUGCUCGGAUCCUCGUGAUCGCCCGGAGAGCCGCUGGCAGCGCUGUUGGCGCCGGGCACUCCGCUUCUUGGGCGGCCUGGCCGCCUGUUUGCCGCGGGGCAGCCGCGCAGAGGCGCCCGCGCAGUGGCUCCCGACGCGGCGCUCGGACCUGCGGCCGAGCGGGAGGCUCUGCUUCCAGGUCCAGGGCGAGAGCGGUGCCAGUCCGCCUCCGGGAAAGCCUGGGCCCACCUCCGGCGGAGCGGGCGGGCGGGCAGCCUGGCUCUGGGCCCACCCGCCGCGUCUCCCUUUCCCGCAGACUCUGGCCGGCGGCCCCGCAGCGUCGGAGUCGGAGCCGCCGCUCUUCGUGGCCACGCUCGACGGGCGGCUCCGCGCAGUGAGCCCGGCCACGGGGGUCGCCCGGUGGACGCUGAAGGAGGAUCCCCCUCUGCUGGUGCCCCGCGGAGAGCCCGAGCCAGCAUUCCUCCCGGACCCCAGUGAUGGCAGCUUGUAUGUGGUGGGGGGCAAGGACAAGGGAGGGCUGAUGAAGCUGCCUUUCACCAUUCCCGAGCUGGUGCAGUCUUCUCCUUGCCGAAGCUCCGAUGGUGUCAUCUACACAGGAAAAAAGGAAGACACCUGGUUUCUGGUGGAUCCAGCAUCAGGGGAGAAGCAGAGUGUGCUGUCCACAGAGGCCUGGGAUGGGCUGUGCCCCACCAGCCCCUUGCUGUUCAUCGGACGCAGCCAGUAUGUCAUCACCAUGUACGACACCAAGUCCCGCGAGCUGCACUGGAAUGCCACGUACUUGGAUUACUCUGCUCCCUUCCAUGACCGGAAUUAUGACUACAAAGUGGCCCACUUGGCCUCCAGCGGAGACGGCUGGCUGGUGACAGUGGGAAAGGAGGGUGGAGAGGUGCUCUGGAUGCAGGACUAUGGAUCGCCCGUGGUCGGCGUUUACACCUGGCACCAGGACAGUCUGCACCGGGCGCCCCACCUCACUAUAGCCACGGAGAGCCUGCGCUACCUCGUCCUGCACUCUCGGGACAUCCACCUCAUCAACUGGAGUUUCCAGACCACCAAGGACUUUGUCGCCAAGAGCCGCUUGCUGACAACCCUGUAUGUGGGCAAAUAUGCCGGGGGCUUUUACGCUUUGACGUCCCUGGUGCACGAAGGCAUGGCCCUUGUGCCUCAGGGCAUGGCUCUGGCCCAGAGCAGUGGCCCCAUCACACGCGAGGUGACACUCCAAAAGUCUGGCGAGUGCAAGUUCACACCCAGCACGGGCAUCCAGUAUCCGCCGGGCAGCACCCCCCUCCCCCACAGCCAGUGGCUGCUGAUAGGACAUCACGAACUGCCCCCGGUGGUCCACACCACCAUGCUGAGGGCCCUUCCCGAGAGCCUGCGGAGGACCCCGGAGGCUAUUGUGCCACAAGGCUCCCCUGCCCAGACCCUCUUCGAAGAGUUCCUGGCCCCCCGCAGUCUGCAGGGGCAUCUGGGUGACAGCCGGCCCUGGACGGGCCCCCCCAGGAAGGAGGCUCCGAUGGAAACGGAUCCCGAGUUUGGCGGCUGGGAGCUGGUAGUGGUUGGCGUGGCCUCCAUCUGUUGGGGUGGGGGGCUCCUCUGCCUUCUGCUACGGAGGGAAAGGGUCCCUCCUGGGCGCUGCUCUGGCCAGCCUCCUCCUGCGGCCUCCAGCCAUUUCCCAAGCAUGACUCCUGAAGGUUCCCUGGAGCUGGACCGUAGGGCCGACCUCCCUGCCUCCUCAGGCUUGACUGAUGGGGGAUCCCUCCAGAGCCCCCCGAUGGGAAGCCCUGGUCAAGCAGGUGUUGCCCCCAAAACCGUUACCGUGGGGAAGCUCUCCUUCAGGCCCCAGGAUGUGCUUGGCCGUGGGGCAGGGGGCACCUUUGUGUUCCGUGGCCGCUUUGAUGGGCGCAACGUGGCGGUGAAACGUCUGCUGCCGGAAAGCAUCCGCUUGGUGGAUCGCGAGGUCCAGCUGCUGCGAGAGUCCGAUGCGCACCCCAACGUGGUGCGCUAUUUCUGCACAGAGGUGGACCGGCAGUUCCAUUACAUCGCCAUUGAGCUGUGCUCAGCCACCCUACAGGAGUACGUGGAGAGCUCUGUCUUCGCUGGCAAGGGCCUGGAUCCGCUCUCCCUGCUGUUCCAGACCAUGUCCGGAUUGGCACAUCUGCACUCCCUCAGCAUAGCUCAUCGUGACCUGAAGCCCUGCAACAUCUUGAUCUCGGUCCCCGACGGGCAAGGCCAGCUCCGGGCUGUCAUCUCCGACUUUGGCCUGUGCAAGAAGUUCCGGGGGGGGCACCAGAGCUUCAGUCUCGGCUCGGGCAUCCCUGGCACCGAGGGGUGGAUCGCACCUGAGAUGCUCAGGGAGGACGCAAAGGAGAGCCCCACCUGUGCGGUGGACAUCUUCUCCGCUGGCUGCAUCUUCUACUACGUUCUGUCCCACGGGCAGCAUCCCUUUGGGCACAGCUUCCAUCGCCAGGCCAAUAUUCUGGAGGGCGCCUACCGGCUGGUGCAGCUCCAGCAGGAGACUCACAGCAACGUGGUUGGGCGGGACUUGAUAGAAGCCAUGAUCAGCGGAGACCCCCACCUGCGCCCCUCGGCCACGCAGGUCCUCCAGCACCCCUUCUUCUGGGGCCCUGAGAGGCGGCUGCAGUUCUUCCAGGACGUCAGCGACCGCCUUGAAAAGGAGCCGGCGGACGGGCCCCUGGUUAGCGCGCUGGAGGCCGGGAGCCUGGCUGUGGUGCGAGGGAACUGGCAGGUGCACCUUUCUGCCCCACUCCAGACAGACCUCAGGAAGUUCCGGAGAUACCAUGGCAGCUCGGUGCGUGACCUGCUGCGAGCCAUGAGGAAUAAGAAGCAUCACUACCAGGAACUGCCCGGCAGCGUGCAAGAGGCCCUGGGCACCCUCCCCCAUGGAUUUGUCCACUACUUCAUGGACCGCUUUCCCCGCCUGCUGCUGCACACUCACCAGGCCAUGCACUUAUGUGCUGGCGAGAGGCUCUUUCAGAGAUACUACUGCCAGGGGGAGUGACGUGCCUUCCAGUGGGAAUGGGGUGCUUGCUGGCCCCCUGCCCUCUUGCUUCUCAGUGUGUUCAGCACAUAUCAGCCUGCCCCUGUUCUGGAGGGACCCAAUUCAGCACGAGCAUGCCAGCAUUCGA